UCGGCGGCGGCUCCCGGCGCGCCGGUGGACGCUGGAAGCCAAGAUGGCGGCGGAGCUGGUGGAAGCGAAAAACAUGGUGAUGAGUUUCAGAGUCUCAGAUCUUCAGAUGUUACUGGGUUUUGUUGGCCGGAGUAAGAGUGGACUUAAACACGAGCUGGUCACUAGAGCGUUGCAGCUGGUCCAGUUUGAUUGUAGCCCUGAAGUUUUCAAGAAAAUUAAAGAGCUCUAUGAGACUCGCUAUGCCAAGAAGAGCUCUGAACCGGGGCAGCCACAGCAGCACCGACCUCCAGAGGCGCUCUCCAUACAUUCUUCCUAUGACCGUGGGAGCACUGUUGCUAGGACUUCUCUUUCCACGCCUAACAUUGACUAUCCUGCACUCUAUGGGAAAUACCUUAACGGACUGGGGAGGUUACCACCCAAAGUUGUAAAGCCUGAAGUUCGGCUGGUGAAACUUCCCUUCUAUACCACCUUGGAUGAACUGCUGAAGCCAACAGAGCUAGUCCCACAGAAUAACGAGAAGCUUCAGGAGAGUCCGUGCAUUUUUGCACUGACGCCAAGACAAGUGGAGCUGAUCAGAAAUUCCAGGGAGUUGCAAGCCGGUGUGAAAUCUGUUCAGGUUGUGCUAAGAAUCUGCUACACGGACACUAGUUCCCCGCAGGAGGAUCAGUACCCUCCAAACAUCGCAGUAAAAGUGAAUCAUAGUUACUGCUCAGUGCCGGGCUACUACCCAUCUAACAAGCCUGGAGUGGAGCCUAAAAGGCCCUGUCGUCCCAUUAACCUCACACAUCUCAUGUACCUGUCAGCAGCGACCAAUCGAAUCACAGUUACGUGGGGGAAUUAUGGAAAGAGUUAUUCAGUGGGCCUAUAUUUAGUGCGGCAAAUGACCUCAGCGGAAUUGCUGCAGAGGUUGAAAACCAUUGGAAUUAAACAUCCAGAGCUCUGCAAGGCACUCGUAAAGGAGAAAUUACGUUUGGAUCCAGACAGUGAAAUUGCUACUACAGGUGUUCGAGUCUCGCUCAUCUGCCCGCUGGUGAAGAUGCGUCUGUCUGUCCCAUGCCGGGCUGAGACAUGUGCACACUUACAGUGCUUCGAUGCAGUCUUCUACCUCCAGAUGAAUGAGAAGAAGCCCACUUGGAUGUGUCCUGUGUGUGACAAACCAGCACCCUAUGACCAGCUAAUAAUUGAUGGGCUGCUAUCAAAAAUAUUGACAGCAUGCGAGGAUGCAGACGAAAUUGAAUACCUGGUAGAUGGAUCCUGGUGUCCAAUCAAAGCUGAGAAAGAGAGAAGCUGCAGCCCUCAGUGUCCAAUAUUGGUACUAGGUUCUUCCGAUAUCAAUGGGCUGUUGCCCACUCCCAAUGGUAAUGGAGAGAACGGCAAGGUCACCGCCGACGUUGUGGAUUUAACACUGGACAGUUCAUCAUCCGAGGAAGAGGAGGAGGAAGAUGACGAAGAAGACGACGACGAUGAUGAUGGACCCCAACCGAAACGACGCUGCUCUUAUGAGAAAGGUUUAGUUUCUGCCUGCUGACUGCGGAAGUAGCUCUGAAUCUCAGAAUGGACAGACUUGAAUACUCUGGUGCUUACUAAACUGGAGGGGAGGGGAAUUUCUCCUUCGCCUCACUUCCCUUCCUCCCUGGUCUCCUUUUGACGUUCCUAUUCCAAGUUAACCAUUAAAACGAAAAAUAAAACCAU